AUGAAAAAAUUAGGGCCCAACGCUUAUCCGUUUUAUUUCGAGCUACCGCCCCACUGUCCGGCCUCCGUAACUCUCCAGCCCGUACCGGGAGAUACUGGAAAACCUUGCGGAGUCGAUUACGAAUUGAAAGCAUUCGUCGGAGAUACGCAAGAUGAUAAACCGCACAAGAGGAAUUCGGUCCGUUUGGCCAUACGGAAAAUAAUGUACGCUCCCAGCAAACAGGGAGAACAACCUAGCAUCGAAGUUUCAAAAGAAUUCGUCAUGAGCCCGAAUAAACUUCACCUGGAAGCUUCUCUGGAUAAAGCUUUGUAUCAUCACGGGGAAAACAUAGCCGUGAACGUACACAUUGCCAACAAUUCCAAUAGAACGGUUAAAAAAAUAAAAGUGUCCGUUAGACAAUUUGCAGACAUUUGUCUUUUUUCAACGGCUCAGUAUAAAUGUACGGUUGCGGAAACGGAAAGCGAUGCCGGAUGUCCCGUCGGACCUGGAUUCACGCUUUCGAAAGUUUAUUCUAUACGUCCGAGCCUUGAAAAUAACAAAGAUAAAAGAGGAUUAGCUCUAGAUGGUCAACUUAAACACGAAGACACGAAUCUUGCUUCGAGCACAAUAAUGGUUGAUCCUUCUCAAAAGGAAAAUUUAGGUAUAAUUGUUCAGUACAAAGUCAAAGUGAAAUUGUGUUUAGGAGCAUUAGGCGGAGAUUUAACGGCGGAGUUACCAUUUGUUUUGAUGCAUCCGAAACCGCCCGAGGAUCCGCCUUCGUCGCCGACUCACGUCAAAUGUCAAACCGUCGACAACGCCAUGGAUGUUGCCACGGACACGAAUCUAAUACAGCUCGACGGGGAUGGAAUAGAUGAUAGCGAUGAUAUUAUAUUCGAAGAUUUUGCCAGACUGAGACUCAAAGCUGGAGAAACGGAUGCUUGA